CAGAAGAAAAGGCCUCCUCUGCCUUUUCACCGAUCACGCUCUGUUCCAGCAUUCAACAAAGAUGGGAGUCUAAGGCAAUCAGGUGUUUUCCGGGUGAUUCCUACUCCGAACAUGACACCAACCAGAAAUAUUAAUAAACUUGACGACACGAAUGUUGAUGGCGGAGAAGAUGUUCCUGAGGAAGAAGCCGUGUGCAGAAUCUGCAUGGUAGAAUUGGGAGAAGAUUCGGAAGCCUUCAAGAUGGAGUGUAUGUGUAGAGGUGAAUUAGCUCUUGCACACAAAGAGUGUACAAUCAAAUGGUUCACCAUUAAAGGAAACAGAACAUGCGACGUGUGCAAGCAAGAGGUUCAGAACCUCCCUGUCACCCUUCUCCGCAUGCAGGAUUCUCAUUUUAAUUUUGGAGCUACCGAGGCUACUCACUUCAGGCAAGUCAAAAUCCAAACAAAUACCACAUUCGAUGUUUAUGGAUGUUAUUUGACCGGUAACUCUCGUCCUUUUUUUCAGUGUAUGGCAGGACGUUCCAAUUCUUGUCAUUGUAAGCAUGCUUGCAUACUUCUGUUUCCUCGAGCAGCUUCUGCUAACCAAAAUGAAAUCAGGCGCCAUUGCAAUAUCUUUACCUUUCUCUUGUGUUUUUGGUCUUCUUGCCUCGAUGACGUCAACUACAAUGGGUAAGAGUUAGUGAAUAGUUUGACAUAAAAAUCACUUAUUAUCAGUAUAAUUGAUCUUGGUCAUUAAUUUGUAGUGAAGAAGCAAUAUGUAUGGAUUUACGGCACAAUUCAGUUCGGUCUUGUAGUUUUUUUCUCUCACAUUUUCUUCUCAUUGGUAAGUUUUUUUUUUAAUCAAAAUACUCUGCUUCUUGUUGUAUCUUCCUAAUUUAUGUUUGGUUUUACUUGUGCAGGUUCACAUGCAGCCGGUUGUGUCUAUUCUCUUAGCCACAGUGGUUGGUUUCGGACUCACCAUGAGCGGUGCAACGGGUAUCGUCGAGUUUUCAAAAUGGAGGAGACGCCGGUGGACAGCUGAACUUCCAAGCAGUAGUCAGGUGGAUCCACCACCAGUUCAGAGUAUCUCUGGAUCAUGAAACUGAAGCUAGAGCUCUGGAGCGGUUUAUGGUAACCAAAUCAGACCCAUUUUGGGUCGAGUUGUCAGGACAUCUGGAUGGUGAUCCAUCUAUUUAGAGACGUGAGAAUAGAUUGGUCAUUUGGGUGGUCUCUUUUGUGUGUGAAUGUGAGUGUAUAUCAGCUGGUGUGUUCUAAAAGUUUGUUUUUGAUACUUUCUUGUACAAAAAAUAAAUAAAUACAAAGGAAGUGUUUUGGCCUGUAUAAAUUUUGUAUCAUUUGGGACAUUAAUCUCUGGCAAGUAUAGUACUUGGAACAAACCUCAUUGAUACUUCUAUUGAAUAUGAAGGAAAACUGUUCUAUGUCCAAAAUGAUACAUUUGGGACAUUAAUCUCUGGCAAGUAUAGUGUUUAAAAAAAAGGAUAAUAUUUUUAAUCUGCUAAACAGUAUUUUAUCCGUUCAUGAAAGAUGAAUUUUCUAUAGUAUUUAGUUUACCCAUAAAUGAAUAGAAUUACAUUGUUACAAAAAAAAAAUAGAAUUACAUAAAAUUUAGUAAAUUUAAUAAGGUAUGUAUGUAUCUAUUCCUCAUGUAAUUAAAUGCAUAGAGUUGCUCAGCCGGAAGCUGUUGCAGAGGAACAACAUCAUGCUAAGACAUCUGAAGCUCAAAGAUCACCUGCUGGACGAUAUGUUAUAAGUCUUAACAUUGGUGUUCUUAAGGUCCAAGGUUGCUCUGUCCCAGUGGAGGAGGCAGGAUAAUUAAUCAUAGGGGCAAAAUAUUUUUUAAAUAGAAAACUGCAUAAAUACUAGUGGACUUCAUUUGAAUUCAAAUGUGAUAGGGGUCAAAAAUGUUAUUUGAUCGAGAUCAUCUUUAAAAAAUGGUAAAGCUUAAAGUAUAUUCUCAUGUGGGUCAAUUGACCCCCUCCCUAAUAAGCUGCCUCCACCACUGCUCUGUCCACCUGUGAGCAAGCUUAGAAAGUUAGGAUUAAAACUGACGAAUUCAGAGAAAUGGAAGGAACAUGGCCGGUGUUUAAUCUUCUACCUUUGUGUCGACUUCAUGAUCCAUUAAAGGAACUUGCCUAUCCAAGUUACUGCAUGUGUCAGUGCCUUCGUGACAUGGAUCAUUAGCUCAAGUACUGAACAAGGGAAGUGUUUGUGUUAAGAGAUGAACUUGUAUCAGACGCCGUGUUCUUAGUACCCCCUUUUUCUUUAAACACCAAAACAGCCAAACUUAGUAACUGAUACUACCACCUCCGGUAGCUAUUCUAACUUGUAACUUUCACCAAAUUGGUUAAACAAGCUCACCGAAGAGAAACUGGCCGGAAUUACAAAGAUCUUCUAAAUUAGUAGUAUUAUAUCAUUAUGGUUUAUACUUAAAGGUAUUAUAACUGACGUAUCAUAGUUAUAGUUAUAGUUUACCAAUCGACACAGGGGUAGAGAUUUGGUAGAGUUAGCCGAGGUAGAGUAGUACCCUUGAGCAAUUAUUCUGUGUCAGCCAUUGAAACUCUCAAUUACUUUCACAUCUUCUAUUGCUUUUUUAAAAAAAAGUUUCUGCUUCUGUUAUUAUCUUCUUUUCUACAAAAAAAAGUGAUUCAUUUUGGAUUUUUCCAUAAUUUCCAAAGUAUCUAGAAAGGAAAGAUUUGUAUGUCAUCUGAUAUAUUUUAAUAAUUGGUUAUAUGAACUACUAAUCUGAGUUUAUUAUCUAAAGAAACAUUUUCGGCUGAAAAGUUAGCUAGUUGCCACACUCAUUUGGCAUUAAGGGCAUGUGAAAAAGACACAUGUGAACUACCAGAAGGGAUCCAUCCGCAUCCAUUCCUAUAUUAUAUAUUCAUUGUAUUGGAUUAGUUAGACCUCAUAUUUUUAUUUAGAAUUCAAGAGUUUUCUAUAAUUUGGUUGAAUAUUCGUAUUAUUCUAUGGAUUUUGGUUUCGAGUAAGUCGGAUGUUGCAUCCUUUCCCCUUCCUUGUCUCGAGAGUCAGAUAAUAAUUUGAUGUAGAUACACGGUUGACCAAUUGUAAAUAAACAAAUGUACUCAUAAUAAAUUAACUAUAGAUUGAAUCAUAUAUGGAGAUCAUGUGCA